AUGUCGAAGCCCAAGGUCCUAUUGCUUGGAGAUAUUGAACAUCCAUCCGCCAAAGAAUCCUUUGAAUCCCUUUCCUCAAUCGCACAACUCGUCACACCGAACUCCGACAAUCCUUCAGACUUCCUAAAAGAAUGCCGCAGCGGCGCUUUCAAUGGCGUGAGAGCGGCCUACAGGACAUUCAAUAGCGUCAAGAUCACAGGAAGAAUUGAGGGUGAGGUAUGCGAAGAGUUGGGAAAGGCGGGCUUAAGAUUCUUGGCGCACAAUGGCGCGGGGUACGACCAGUGCGAUAUUCCCGACUGCACCAAAGCGGGGAUUCACGUGUCUAAUGUCCCGACUGCCGUCGACGCAGCAACUGCUGAUACUUCCCUCUUCCUUAUGCUUGGUGCUCUCCGAAUGUUCGCCUCCCCUCUCAUAAACCUGCGUAAGGGCGAAUUUCGUGGGAAGACUCCACCGCCUCUGGGGCAUGAUCCAGAGGGCAAAUUAUUAGGUAUUGUAGGUAUGGGAGGAAUAGGAAGAGAUUUCAAGAAGAAGGCGGAAGCACUGGGAAUGAAUGUGCAAUAUCACAACAGGAGCAAGCUGAGCGAUGAGAUGAGCGGAGGGGCGAAGUAUGUUGGGUUUGAGGAGCUUUUGGAGACGAGUGAUGUCAUAAGUUUGAAUGUGCCUUUGAAUAAAUCAACCCAUCACAUGAUAUCAACGCCGCAAUUUUCAAAGAUGAAAGAUGGCGUUGUGAUGGUCAACACUGCUCGCGGUGCUGUCAUUGACGAGGCCGCUCUUGUCAAGGCUCUUAGUCAUGGCAAAGUGUUCUCCGCUGGCUUGGACGUUUACGAGGAAGAGCCAAAGAUACAUCAAGGACUGGUGGACAAUCCACAUGUACUGCUACUACCUCACAUGGGCACAUGGACCUAUGAGACGCAAGAAAAGAUGGAACACUUUGUUGUUGACAAUGUUAGAAGUGCUCUUGAGGCGGGGAAAUUGAAGAGCCCAGUCCAUGAGCAGAAAGACAUGCCUCUGAAAGAUUAG